CCAACGGUGGUCGAGCCGGCCACCCAAAAAAACUGGCAGAGAGAUCUAAGGUAGGGAGCGAGAGAGGAAGGGAAGAGGAGAGAGGAAAGACGGAGCACCUCGUCGCCAAAAAUACCAUGGGGAGGGAUUCGCACCUCGUCCUUCUCGCCGUCCUCCUCUUCUCCUCCCUCGUCGCCGCCGCAAAAUCUGCCGACGAGGACGUCAUAUUUGGCCUCGCCAAGUUGUUGUCCAACCCGCCCUCGUCCUGGGGUGCCGGCGGCGACGUCUGCGUCUUCGACGGCAUCACCUGCGAGCGCGGCGGCUCGGGCCGGGUCACCUCCAUCGACCUCGGGGACAUGGGACUCACCGGGACCCUGCCCACCUCCCUGUCUUCCCUCACUGCGCUCAAGGAGUUGCAUCUCCAGGGCAACGCACUACACGGCGACUUCCCAUCGCUCGCCGGCUGCACCGACCUCACCCGCCUUAUGCUCGACGGCAAUUGGUUUACCUCCCUCCCAAGUGACUUCCUCAAAGACCUGCCCUCCCUGCAAUACCUCAGCCUGGAGGACCUGCCACUCAAGCCGUGGUCCGUCCCUGACGCCAUUGUCGGCUCCUCCUUACUCGAAACCUUCUCCGCCUCCAAUGCCUCCAUUGCGGGUGCCUUCCCGGCGGUUCUCGCCAACCUGUCAUCGUUGAGGUCUCUGCGGCUGUCAUAUAAUAACCUCACUGGUGGACUCCCUGCCGGGCUGGCUGAGCUGAUUGCCCUAGAGAGUCUGCAGCUGAACAACCAGAUGUCGGAUGGGAAGCUGUCAGGGUCUAUUGAUGUUGUUGCUGCAAUGAAGAACCUAAGGCUGCUGUGGAUCCAGUCUAACAAAUUCACGGGCCCGAUUCCGGAUUUUAGCAACUCACAGCUAGAGGCGUUGAAUGUCAGGGACAACAGGCUUACUGGUGUGGUGCCAGCCUCACUCUAUGAGAUCAAGACACUGCGUAAUGUGUCACUGACUAAUAAUCUUUUUCAGGGGCCGAUGCCUGAUUUUCGUGGUGUAAAUGUAGACCUUGCUGCUGACACUGUGAGCAGGUUCUGUCAGUCAAGGCCUGGGCCAUGUGAUCCGCUGGUUACAACUCUGCUUGCGGUGGCCGCAGGGUUUGGAUACCCAGCUGAACUUGCGGAAACGUGGAAUGGGAACACACCAUGUGGUAAUUGGAUUGGUAUUGUAUGCUCAAAUGGGGAUGUUAGCAUUUUUGAUUUGCACAAUCGUGGUUUGUCAGGGACGAUAUCGCCGGCUAUUGCAAACCUGACUAGUGUUGGAAAGCUAGAUCUCUCAAAUAAUCACCUCACUGGGGUGAUACCGGAUACUUUGACGACAAUGUCAAACCUGAAAAUUUUCAUUGUCUCAAAUAAUAGCCUCGAUAGUGAACUGCCCAAGUUUAAGCCUUCAGUCAAGGUACUGGCCGACAGAAACCAGUUUGGGAAAUCAGAUAGUGGUUCCCAGAGUGUUUCUGCAGGUGCACUGAAAUGGAAGUCGGAUGCUGGCAUGAUUAUUGGAAUUCUUGUAGCUGUGGUUCUUCUUGUUAUCAUUGUUGGGCUUUUUGUACAUCAUCGGAGGAAGAAGAAUGCAGAGAAGUUCAGGCCAGUCUCAUCGAAGGGGUCUGCUGAUGAAUCUGAGAUGAUGAAAAUUCAGGUGGUUGAAACAAAUUGGAGUGCCAAUGGAAAUACCGCAGUUCCAGCUGAUUACAGCCAGGUGAGUGCUGGUAGCGCAAACAUUACUCAUCUGUUUGAGUCCCACGGAAUGCAAUUGCCUAUUGAAGUGCUGCUAAAGGCCACAGACAACUUUAAUGAGGACUGUAUUUUAGGUAAAGGGGGGUUUGGGGUGGUCUUCAAGGGGAACCUCAAUGAGAGGUUGGUUGCUGUGAAGAGGUGUGACAGUGGCACUAUGGGGACUAAAGGGCAGCAAGAGUUCAUGGCUGAGAUUGAUGUGCUUACGAAAGUAAGGCAUCGACACUUGGUUGGACUACUUGGGUACUGUACCCAUGGCUACGAGAGGCUCCUGGUCUAUGAGUAUAUGUCUGGUGGAACAUUGCGUGAGCACCUAUGUGAUCUUCAGCGGAGUGGUUAUACUCCUCUUACAUGGACACAGAGAAUGACAAUAGCUUUGGAUGUUGCGAGGGGGAUAGAAUAUUUGCAUGGCUUGGCACAGGAGACUUUCAUCCAUAGGGAUCUGAAGCCUUCCAAUAUACUGCUGGACCAGGAUUUAAGAGCCAAGGUAUCAGACUUUGGGUUGGUCAAGCUUGCUAAUGACACAGACAAAUCAAUGAUGACAAGGGUGGCAGGGACAUUUGGAUACCUUGCGCCUGAAUACGCCACUACAGGGAAAGUAACUACAAAAGUUGACGUUUAUGCAUAUGGUGUCAUACUAAUGGAGAUGAUAACUGGAAGGAAAGUACUUGAUGACUCAUUACCUGAUGAUGAAACACAUCUUGUAACAAUCUUCCGAAGAAAUAUGCUUGACAAAGAGAAGUUCAGAAAGUUUGUGGAUCCUACACUAGACUUCGGUCCUGAGGCUUGGAAGAGCCUGCUGGAGGUAGCUGAUCUUGCCCGGCAUUGCACAGCACGAGAGCAAAACCAGAGGCCCGACAUGUGCCACUGUGUGAACCGACUUUCCAGUCUGCUUGAUGAGUGGAAGCCUACAGAAGUUGAUGAUGAUGACGAGUGCGAGACAAGUGAGAUGCAUCUCAACCAGCAACUUGAGAAAUGGAGGUGUGAUGAUUUUACCAUAUCAGAUUCAGAUACGUUCAGCACAUUCAAUAUGUAAGGAAGUAAAACUGACAGUUUGCAACCUACCCUAUGAUGUCAUGUAUAAAUGGGGGAACACAGACUACCGCAUCAAGCGGGCUACCAUUAGCUCUUGCAAUCGCCGACUGCAGCGGAGGUCAGACAUGUCAGAUGCUGUAAUUAGCCCAUUGAGCAGCUACCUGAGAACCCGGUAGCUUGAUUAUCAGCGUGUCACUCCGCCUGCUUUGGUGAGUGCUAAAGCCAAGCAUAGCUUUGAAGUUUGGUACUUUUACGAGUUGUUGAUGUGUCUAUAGCUUGUUCACUCUAUAUGGCGAGUAGUGCUAGUAACAUUGAACAGCCGAUCCAUUUGUUCUUGGAUGGUCUAGAGAAGGAAAAAAGAAAGAAAGAUGAAGCAAGCAUCCAUAAGUCUAUGGCAGAGGCGUUUUUUUUGAGAGAUGUAGAACAGUUGUUUUGUGAACUAUCAAGCACGAGGAAUUCUUUUUGCGUGCAAAAA